AUGUCAAACCCGCCUCCCGCUCCCGAACACUCCUUGCCUGACCCCCUGGUAACACCUGCUGCUCCCGCCCAACAUGAUUGCUCGGAAGCCGAGUUGUCGUCGGUCAACCCACGUCACCACUUGUCGCAGGACCAACAUUCGUUGUCCCAGGGGGCUCAGCAGGAGACUCAGUCCCCAUCGCGCGCGGAAUCCCCCACCAUCCGUCAAUGGUCCCAGCCCACCCCGGCCUUCGCCCUAAAAAGGACCCAUACCUUACCCUUGGAGACACUCUCCCGUCCCGACACUUUCCAUAGCCCUCAAUUGUCCGAACGUGACAGUAUCUUUGCGACUCACUAUCUGCCCUCGGAGAGCGGCGCUAAUACCCCACAAUUGCCCCCCGAGAAAGUCGUGGAGAAUGAGAAUGACCAUCAGGUCAAUUUGAUUCCUGGUCUCGAUGAUGUGCCUGGAUCUCCAAGUCCUGCCUCCAAGGUCUCCCCCCUCCGUUCUUGCGUCGACCCUUCCCACAUGGAAGUUGACGCCCGCAGACAUUACCCAUUGCGCCCUACUUCUCACUACUCAACCUCUCGGCUCCCCCGCUUAUCUCUCUUGCGCUCAUCUAUCUCAUCCGCGGAUCAGCUGAAGGCUCAAGACGGGGAGGCGAGUGUUACAGUGCACUCGGUGCCUGCGGGUGAAACAGGUACGAAUACUAGUGCUUUUGAAGACACUCCCACUGAGCGCAGUCUACUUCCUUCAGCUAUAGACGAUGUCUCUCACUCUCCUGGCACGUUGACACCCUCAGCUGGCCACAACUGGCCAUCGCCGGAGGGAGAAGCUGUCCCCUUUCCUCCCCUCACAGACCCGAAUCGAGGUCGUCGGGGACGACUGGACAAUUCCAUUGAGGCCAAUCUCACCAAUGCGGAGCCAGCCUCCAACGUGCGCAGUCGAAAAUCCAGCCAUUAUCUGGGUCUAUUCAAGGAGAAUACCACUUCCCCAGACCGCAAACGAUGGGAGGACCGUGAUCGAGCUCGGCUGCACGAAGGGCAUGCCGAUUUGAACUCCGUGAUGGAUUUCGACCAGCAGAAUUCGACGCCGUCAAUAGACGAGGAUGUGUCGCUUCGCAAAAGUAUCUCGCUUCCCUCAUUGAGUGAUGGGCAAAUCUUUGAGCCGUCCACUCCAGUCGACCCCCCUCGUCAAGCAGAUCAUGAAGAUCCCUUCAAGCGCAACCCACCGACGUUACCUCUGAGUCUCUUAGAAGAAAUUCGAAACUUCCACCUCACACCUGGCGGAGGCCGCGGAUCUUCAUUCUCCAAAAGUAUCCCGACUCAAUAUACCGAACGCAGUCGGGAUUAUUUCCAAGCAGAACCCCACAUUGAACGUUUCAACGAGUCUCUAAGCUCUCUUGAUGAAGAGACUGGUCAAAACUCGCCCCAGUUCGAAGAUGAGGAGGAAAAUGAGCAAAUCUCAUCUGCAGUCUACUUUCCUCAUGAAAGAGUCGCUGUACCCGAAGAUGACCAGAGGAAAGAGCCGAUAGAGGCAGACCCCCAUGGUGUGCAAACAGUUCAGAUAUCAGCUGCAGAGACAGGCCACGAGCUGAUGUUGGUCCCCCAAGAGCGUAGCAAAUCUUCCCAGCAGGAGGUCGGCCAUGUGGAUAUAUCCUUUCGAUCUAAGAAUGAAAGUAAGAUCCUUCAUGGCGAUUUGUCGGGUCUUCGGUCUCCGACAGAUGGCAUACCAGAAAAACCUCUGGGUACGAUUUCUGAACACAGCUAUGAUCACGGUGACAAAUCCACUACCGACUCCGAAUCUGUAUCUGCCGAUGAGAGUGUACACUCCUCUACCCUUGAUGAUUCUACCACAGGUAGCCUCACCGAUGACGCUGAUACACCCACCGCGACGCCAACCCAACGACCAAAAUUUACCCCUAGGCGCAAGCCCACCCCCUCGGCGCAACGUGCAGUCUGCAAACAGCUUAACAAUCGUGAAAAUGAAUUCUACGAGCGUAUCGAACGGAGGCAUCCUGAUAUGUUGCUGUUUUUGCCGAGAUACAUUGGUGUUCUCAACGUAACUUUCUCCAAGAACCCGAAGCGCACGAAAGGUCACUCUGAGCAAGGCGUCAUCUCCCCGGAAUUACAUCAAGCAAAUGGCGCAUCAAGUGUGAAUUCUCAUGUCAUAGAAGCCCCCGAACCGCAGCGAAUUGUGAGCCAAAAACAGAUUACCGGCGUCAUUCCCAAGGUCAUUCUCGAAAACAACCGCCAUAUUAUCCCAGCCGAUUUGUUUGGUCGGCCCCAACGGCUACGAGUUGCUGAAAGGGCGUUAACGCGACCGCGCUCUGCUGAUGGUCUUGAUAACAUCGCGGCCGGUUCUGAUCCGUCGUCUGUCAGACAACGAAAAGCUAAAAUAUGGGGCGCUACGACGGUAAAUCGGAAACUUCAAGAACAAGUCCUUCGAGAGGUUUUCAGCCCUCCUGCAAUUCAUCAACAUCGUCGGCAUGCCCGGGGGCAUCUCAAUUUGCCAAGAGCAGCCUCGGAUAUCCCGUAUCGCCGUGGAAACCUGUCAGAGGAUCACACAUCGAGCAACCUGCCACCGUCAUUGACGAUGACGAGAGUCACUACCCUGGACGCGCCGAUUAUGGACAUGGAUAUUGCACCCUCGACCAAGGAUGGCAUAACCCUUUCAUCAUCGGCAUCCACCGCAUUUGAAGACAAGCGCACCCGCGCCGAGACAGACAAAGCCGAAGAUGAUCUCAACCGAGCAGCUUCAUUGAACCGCGGUCAACAGUCCCGGAGAAGACACUCAGGCAGUGGCUUACAAAGGCGAGGAAGUAUCAAUUCACGCAACCAAAGUGAACUUGUAUUUUUCGACGAUGAGGGUUACGGUGGAGACAGGGAAGAUGAAAUCUUCUCCAUGGAGGGGGACGCCCCAGGGCUCUUAAAUGCACCACCCACAGCAUUGCCAUCAACCUUGAUUGCAGCCAAAGAAACUCCACUUGACACUCACACAAAUCAUUUCACAUCCCCGAGCAAACUUCAUGAUGCAGCAGUUGCUAUGGGAGGCAAGGAUGGUGCCGAGUCUCAAUUGCCAAGUAACCCCAAGGAUGCCCUGCUGAGAAAAGACGAGCGCGUUCAGUUUUUCCUACUCCUGGAAGACUUGACAGCUGGCAUGAACAAACCUUGUGUCCUUGACCUUAAAAUGGGCACCCGACAGUACGGCAUCGAAGCGAAUGAGAAGAAAAAGAAAUCUCAGAGACGCAAAUGCCAGUCAACGACCUCUCGGCAAUUGGGUGUUCGUCUAUGCGGUAUGCAGGCUUGGAAUGUGAAAAAGCAGGAAUACAUAUUUGAGGACAAGUACUUUGGUCGAGACUUGAAAUCCGGCCGUGAGUUCCAAGAUGCUCUGACACGAUUUCUCUACGAUGGGGUAAGCUACAAUAGCGUAGCAAAAAAGAUUCCAAAUAUACUGGAGCAGUUAUCCUUGCUAGAGAAUAUGAUUCGCAAGUUGGACCGAUACCGGCUAUACGCGAGCAGUCUCUUGAUCUUAUAUGAUGGGGAACAGUCAGACCCUUCUACCCAGGAAUCCAAACCCCAGAGCAACGGACGGCCAAAGCUGCAACGCCGUACCUCUGAAGAUGGCCACAACACUCCCAAAGUUCAACUGAAGAUCGUGGACUUUGCAAACUGCGUCACUGGCGAGGACGAACUUCCUGCCGACACGGCAUGUCCACCACAUCACCCGAUGGACAUCGAUCGUGGCUAUCUGCGAGGUCUUCGAACACUCCGAAUGUACUUUCAACGAAUUUUGAAAGAGACCGCACAGGACGAGUUCGUGGAACGCGGAGAGGGUGAAGCAAUCGCGCUUGGCUCUCAGCCUGCUGUUCGUGAGACGCCCUCGGAUCAAUACUACGACGAGAGUGUGAUGGAGACUGAUACAGGCGAAGUCAGUUUCUGA